AUGGCCCGUACCAAGCAAACCGCCCGUAAGUCGACUGGAGGAAAGGCGCCCAGGAAACAGCUGGCCACUAAAGCCGCACGUAAAAGCGCACCCGCUACCGGAGGAGUUAAGAAACCACAUCGUUACCGGCCUGGAACUGUUGCUCUCCGUGAAAUCCGUCGUUACCAGAAGAGCACGGAACUGUUGAUCCGCAAAUUGCCGUUCCAACGUCUGGUACGUGAGAUAGCGCAGGACUUCAAGACCGACCUGCGUUUCCAGAGCUCCGCUGUCAUGGCGUUGCAGGAAGCCAGCGAGGCGUACUUGGUGGGUCUGUUUGAAGAUACCAAUCUGUGCGCCAUCCACGCCAAACGAGUCACCAUCAUGCCGAAGGACAUCCAAUUGGCUCGUCGUAUUCGUGGAGAACGUGCUUAG